CCUGACAACACGCACUUCAACAAUUCUGCGGCUCCCGCAACUUCUAUGCCCACUUCUAUGAAACUGCUACUUGUUUUUGUUUUAAUUUAAUUUUAAUUUAUUCUAAAAUUAUAGACGCUUAUUUUUUUUACUUUGCAUUCUGGAGCUCAAGUACAACCUUGCAUUGAGCGCGGCGGUAUGAAAAGCACACACCCAGUGUGCCAGGAAGAACUCAACUGUGAAGCCACAGUGUAGUACUUCUCAAGAAGUUGCUACAGUAUGUAGGGGGAAGACAGCGGUGAACUCACCGAAGAACCUGCAGUAGUUUUCUCGUCCUCUCUUCGAUUCGAAGACACCGAAAAUGUCGGAUUCAAUGUCUAGUUUUUUGCACAUCGGGGAUAUUGUGUCCCUUUAUGCAGAGGGAACUGUCAAUGGAUUUAUAAGCACGCUGGGGUUGGUUGAUGACCGCUGUGUGGUGGAACCUGCGGCAGGAGACCUGGAUAACCCCCCCAAAAAGUUCAGAGAUUGCCUGUUCAAGGUCUACCCCAUGAACCGCUACUCCGCACAAAAGCAGUUCUGGAAAGCCAAGCAGGCGAAGCACGAGAAGGAUAAAAUCGCUGAUGUGGUCCUACUGCAGAAACUGCAGCAUGCAGCUAACCUGGAGCAGAAGCAGAAUGAGACGGAGAAUAAGAAGGUGCACGGGGACGUGGUGAAAUACGGCACCGUCAUCCAGCUCCUGCACAUGAAGAGUAAUAAGUACCUGACCGUGAACAAGCGUCUGCCAGCUCUCCUGGAGAAGAACGCCAUGCGGGUCACUCUGGACGGCACGGGGAACGAGGGCUCCUGGCUCAUCAUCCAGCCCUUCUGGAAGCUGCGCGCCAACGGAGACAACGUGGUGGUGGGAGAUAAAGUGAUUAUGAAUCCUGUGAAUGCAGGCCAGCCCCUCCAUGCCAGCAACUAUGAAUUGUCUGACCACCCUGGCUGCAAGGAGGUGAAUUCUGUGAAUAGCAACACCAGCUGGAAGAUCAACCUGUUCAUGAUGUUCAGUGACCACACAGAGGAAGUGCUGAAGGGGGGGGAUGUGGUCAGACUGUUCCAUGCCGAGCAGGAGAAGUUUCUGACUUGCGAUGAGUACAAGGCCAAGCUGCAUGUCUUCCUCAGAACCACCCUGCGGCAGUCUGCCACUUCAGCCACCAGCUCCAACGCUCUCUGGGAAGUAGAGGUGGUGCAUCACGACCCCUGUAGAGGAGGAGCGGGACACUGGAACAGUCUGUACCGCUUCAAACAUCUGGCAACCGGCCACUACCUGGCCGCUGAGGAAAACCCUGGUUACAAAGGGGACAACGUUGAAGUGCCAGCUGUUCCGGACAAUGGGCGUAACAAUAAGUGGAAUCUUGGUGAGCGGGUGAAGUACAAGCUGGUGGCUGUUCCUCACGGGAACGACAUCGCCUCGCUGUUCGAGCUCGACCCCACCACCCUGCAAAAGACUGAUUCCUUUGUUCCCAGAAACUCAUAUGUACGCCUCCGCCACUUGUGCACCAACACCUGGAUCCAGAGCACCAACGUACCCAUUGAUAUUGAUGAGGAGAGGCCCAUCAGGCUCAUGUUGGGCACCUGCCCUACCAAAGAGGACAAGGAGGCCUUUGCCAUCGUCUCCGUGCCUGUGAUGGAGAUUCGGGACCUGGACUUUGCCAAUGACGCCAGCGCCAUGUUGAGUACCGUGGUGGACAAGUUCAAUGAAGGCUUCAUCAGCCAGAACGACAGGAGGUUUGCCAUCAAGCUGCUGGAGGAUCUGGUGUUCUUUGUGGCAGACACGAUCAACACCGGGCAGCCGGUGCUAGAGGUGAUGAUGACCAAGCCCAACCGGGAGCGCCAGAAACUGAUGCGAGAGCAGAACAUCCUCAAACAGGUGUUUGGGAUCCUGAAGGCCCCGUUUCAGGAGAAGGGCAGUGAGGGGCCAUUGCUGCGGCUGGAGGAGCUCUCGGACCAGAAGAACGCCCCGUACCAGUACAUGUUCCGCCUGUGCUACCGCGUACUGCGCCACUCCCAGGAGGACUACCGCAAGAACCAGGAGCAUAUAGCCAAGCAGUUUGGGCUGAUGCAGUCCCAGAUAGGCUACGACAUCCUGGCGGAGGACACCAUCACUGCCCUCCUUCACAACAACAGGAAGCUUCUGGAGAAGCACAUCACCAAGAAGGAGGUGGAGACCUUUGUCAGCCUGGUGCGCAGGAACCGAGAACCCAGGUUUCUGGAUUACCUGUCAGAUCUGUGUGUGUCCAAUCACGUAGCCAUCCCAGUGACCCAGGAGCUAAUCUGCAAGUGUGUGCUAGAGCCUAAGAACCAGGACAUCCUCAUCAAGACAGAACGGCGGGUUCCCAAGGACAUGCCACACCCCUCGGUGUACCUGGAGGAGUUUGCAGAUGAAGACGAAGUGUGGCUGGUCUGGACCGAUAAGACCAACGAGAAGCAGGAGAAGAGCAUCAGGCAGCUGGCACAGGAGGCCCGGCAGGGCAAUGCACACGAUGAGAACGUGCUGACGUACUACAGGUACCAGCUGAAGCUGUUUGCUCGGAUGUCUCUGGACCGGCAGUACCUGGCUAUAGACGAGAUCUCCAAGCAGCUGGACGUGGAGCUGAUCUUCCUGUGCAUGAUGGAUGAGAUGCUUCCCUACGACCUGCGUGCCUCCUUCUGCCAUCUCAUGCUGCACACGCAUGUGGACCGCGACCCCCAGGAGCUGGUCACGCCAGUCAAAUUCGCCCGACUCUGGACUGAGAUCCCCACCUCCAUCACCAUCAAAGAUUAUGAUUCCAACUUGGAUGACUCCCGUGACAACAAAAAGAACAAGUUUGCCAACACCAUGGUAUUCAUGGAAGAAUACUUGAACAACGUGCUGAUCGAUGACCUGCCUUUCGCCAAUGAGGAGAAGAACAAGCUGACUUAUGAGGUGGUGAGCUUGGCCAGGCACCUCAUCUAUUUCGGAUUCUACAGCUUCUUUGAGUUGCUGAGGCUGACGCGCACCCUAUUGGGCAUCAUCGACUGCGUGCCCAGCCCCAUGCAGAUCAACCCGCUGUUUCAGGACGACGGCAGCGGGAAGAACAUGAAGCGCUCCAUCCACGGGGUGGGGCAGAUGAUGUCCACCAUGGUGCUGAGCCGGAAGCAGUCUCUGUUUGUGGGCGCGGGGCGGUCCGGCCUCAGCACUGAGGCUCAGGGCCGCGGCAAGGACAGCAUCGACAACCAGGACGUCACCGUCAUGGACACCAAGCUGAAGAUCCUGGAGAUACUGCAGUUCAUCCUCAACGUGCGUCUGGACUACCGGCUUUCCUUCCUGCUCUCCGUCUUCAAGAAGGAGUUUGUGGAGGUGUACCCCAUGGCGGAAGCUGAUGCCAGCAUGGCCACGGAGCAAGCAGCAACUCUGAAUUUACAGCGGAUCGGAGAACAGGCAGAGGCCAUGUUUGGAGUGGGGAAGGGUAACAGCAUUCUGGAAGUGGAUGAUGAGGGGGGGCGUAUGUUCCUACGUGUGCUGGUCCACCUCAUCAUGCAUGACUACCCCCCGCUGAUUUCUGGGGCUCUUCACCUGCUCUUCAAACAUUUCAGCCAGAGGCAAGAGGUCCUCCAUACCUUCAAACAGGUCCAGCUGUUGAUCUCAGCUCAGGACGUGGACAACUAUAAGCUGAUCAAGAGUAACCUGGACCGCCUGCGCACCAUGGUGGAGAAGUCCGAGCUGUGGGUGGAGAAGAAGGGCAGCUCUGGCGGAGGGGAGGGCAAGAAGGACAAGAAGGACAAGAAGGAGAAGGCAGAGCCUGCAUCUGAAGAACCAACUCCAAAGAAGGAGAAGGCAGAGAAGCACAAUGAAAACUACCAAAUAGUGAAAGAGAUCCUAGAGUGUUUGAAUAAGAUGUGCAGCGGCAGCAGCAGCUUGUUGAAGAAGCAGCAGCGGCUGCUCAAGAACAUGGGAGCGCACAAGGUGAUGCUGGACCUGCUGCAGGUGUCUUAUGACAAGAAUGAUGCUAAAAUGCAGGAGAUUAUAAAGUACACCCACCAUUUCCUGCAGAAGUUCUGCACAGGAAAUGCUGAAAACCAGGCCCUCCUCCACAAACACCUGAACCUCUUCCUGAACCCAGGGCUCCUGGAGGCGGAGACGGUGCAGCACGUCUUCAGCAACAACUAUCAGCUGUGCACGGAGAUCAGCGAGGCCGUGCUGCAGCACUUCAUCCACUGCCUGGCCACGCACGGCCGGCACGUGCAGUACCUCAACUUCCUGCACACCAUCAUCAAGGCCGAGGGGAAGUACGUGAAGAAGUGCCAGGAUAUGAUCAUGACGGAGCUGACCAAUGCUGGUGAAGAUGUGGUGGUCUUCUACAAUGAUAAGUCCUCCUUUGCCAAAAUGCUGGAGCUGAUGGCGGAGUCGCGCGAGGGGGUGCAGGAGCACAGCCCUCUGCGUUACCACAUCUCUCUGGUGGAGCUGCUGGCAGCCUGCGCCGAGGGGAAGAACGUCUACACUGAGAUCAAGUGCACCUCGCUGCUGCCCCUAGAGGAUGUGGUGAGAGUCGUCACGCACGAGGACUGCAUUACAGAGGUGAAGAUUGCCUAUGUGAAUUUUGUGAACCACUGCUAUGUGGACACAGAGGUGGAGAUGAAAGAGAUCUAUACCAGCAAUCACAUCUGGAACAUGUUUGAGGACUUUACUGUGGACAUGGCCAGGGUGUGUAAUAAGCGAGAGAAGCGUUUCUCGGACCCGGUCCUAGAGAAAUACGUCAUUCACGUGGUGCUCGACACCAUCAACGCCUUCUUCAGUUCUCCCUUCUCCGAAAACAGUACCUCUCUACAGACUCACCACACCAUCCUGAUUCAGCUCCUGCAGUCCAGUAUCCGCCUGCUGGACUGCCCCUGGCUGCAGCUGCUCCAGCAGCGGGGCCUGGUGGAGGCCUGCAUUCGAACCCUGGCCACCACAGCAAAGAGCCGCUCCAUCAUCCUGCCCAUGGACCUGGACUCCCAGAUCAGCACCAUGCUGAGCUCCAGUGCGCUAAACUCCCUCCCCCGCAAUAACCCCAACUACAAGAACCCCACCCGCUCCAGCCGAACCAGCGCCCCCAACAACCCCUGGGACUACAAGAACAUCAUCGAAAAGCUGCAGGAUAUCAUUAACACUCUGGAGGACAGGCUGAAGCCUCUGGUCAAUGCAGAGAUGUCGGUGCUGGUGGAUGUGCUGCACAGGCCGGAGCUGCUCUUCCUGGAGGGAACCGAUGCCCGUUUGCGCUGUGAAACCGGCGGCUUCAUAUCCAAGCUGAUCCAGCACACCAAGGACCUCAUGGUGUCCGAGGACAAGCUCUGCAUCAAGGUCCUCCGGAUCCUGCAGAAGAUGCUGAUCCGCACCCUGGAGUUUGACGACAGGGGUCUUUCCCUCAGGAAGGUGCUGGUGCAGAACUAUCUCUUCAACAACAACAACAACAACAAGAAAAACAACAACAAGGUGGAAAUCGUUGAGCUGGGGCUGGGAGCGCUGGAGGGGGAGAGAGACUGGGCUGCUGUGGCAGCUAUACAGUGUCGCCUGGACAGGGAGGGGGGCACACGACUCUUCACUGACCUCAUCAUGAGCACCAAGAAUGACAAGAUCUUUGAGGAGAGCAUUCAGGUGGCCAUCUGUCUCCUGGAGGGAGGGAACACUGAGAUUCAGAACUCCUUCUUCAAGCUGAUGAUGGGCGACAACAAAUCGGAGAAGUUCUUCAAGGUCCUGAAUGACCGCAUGAAGAACGCUCAGCAGGACAUCAAGGCCACCGUGUCGGUCAACGUGGGGGAGAUGACCCACAAAGCUCAGGAUGACAAGGACCUGGAUGGGUCCCCUCCGAUGGCGGACUCGGCUCAUUAUGGGCAGGUCUCGGCCCCGGUCCUGCCAGAGCAGCGCGAGGUGGAGGUGGAGAUGGCCCCCACCAUCAGCAUCAUGAAGCCCAUUCUGCGCUUCCUGCAGCUGCUGUGUGAGAACCAUAACCAGGACCUUCAGAACUUCCUGCGCUGCCAGAACAACAAGACCAACUACAACCUGGUGUGCGAGACGCUGCAGUUCCUGGACAUCAUGUGCGGCAGCACCACAGGGGGCCUGGGCCUUCUGGGGCUCUACAUCAACGAGAGCAACGUGGGGCUCAUCAUCCAGACCCUGGAGACGCUCACGGAGUACUGCCAGGGUCCCUGCCAGGAGAACCAGACGUGCAUUGUCACCCACGAGUGUAACGGCAUCGACAUCAUUACGGCGCUUAUCCUGAACGAUAUCAGCCCCCUGUGUCGCAACCGCAUGGACAUGGUACUACAGCUAAAGGACAAUGCCUCCAAACUGCUCUUGGGUCUGAUGGAGAGCAGGCAUGACAGCGAGAAUGCUGAGAGGAUUCUAUUUAACCUCCGACCCCGCGAACUGGUGGAGGUGAUAAAAAAGGCCUACCUGCAGGAGGUGGACUGUGAAGACGGGGAGGUGUCACCUCGUGAGGUUGGCCACAAUAUCUACAUCCUGGGCCUUCAGUUGGCUCGGCAUAACAAGUCCCUGCUGAACCUGCUGAAACCCCCGAAGAGGAGGAAGGAGGAGGUCGAGGAGGGCAUCUCCUCCAUGCUGAACCUGAAUAACCGGCCCCUGUCUCAGAUGCUCAAGUCCACGGCCACGACCGAGGCUCCCGAGGAGGAUCCGCUGGAGUUCUACGAGCAGCACACGGCUCAGAUCGAGAUCGUGCGGGACGAUCGCAGCAUGGAGCAGAUAGUCUUCCCGGUGCAUCCCAUCUGCGAGUUCCUGACGGAGGAGUCGAAGUUCCGCGUGUUCACCACCACGGAGCAGGACGAGCAGGGCAGCAAGGUUACACACUUCUUUCAGCAGAGCACCUUCCUGCACAACGAAAUGGAGUGGCAGAAAAAACUCAGAAGUAUGCCUGUGCUGUACUGGUUCUCUGGCAAGAUGACGCUGUGGGGCAGCAUCUCUUUCAACCUGGCCGUCUUCAUCAACUUGAUCAUCGCCUUCUUCUACCCCUUUGACUCAGGGCAAGCAGGGCCUGUGGACUCCUCAGUGCUCUCCAUGCUGUUCUGGGGGUUUGCCGGCCUGUCCGUGAUGGGCCUGUUCUCCCAGCGCUACGGGCUGCGGCCCCUCACCAUCGCCCUCAUCCUGCGCUCCAUCUACUACUUCGGCAUCAGCCCCACUCUCGUCAUGCUGGGCGUCCUCAACCUUAUCAAUAAGAUAGUGUUUGUGGUGAGCUUUGUGGGAAACAACGGCACAUUCAUCAUGGGCUAUCGAGCCAUGGUGAUGGAUAUGGAGUUCCUGUACCACCUGGCCUACGUUCUGACCAGCACCUUGGGACUGUGUGUCCAUGAGCUCUUCUACAGCAUCCUACUGUUUGAUUUGAUCUACCGGGAGGAGACCCUAUUCAACGUGAUCAAGAGCGUGACGCGUAAUGGUCGCUCCAUCCUGCUCACGGCACUGCUGGCCCUCAUUCUGGUGUACCUCUUCUCCAUUGUGGGCUUCCUCUGCCUGAAGGACGACUUCAUCAUGGAGGUCGACCGCCUGCCCAGCCCCUCAAAAGACACUGGGCCCAGUGACAUUUCACGGGAUGUCCUGACCUGCAGUGGCGAUGGGGUCAGCUGCAGUACGGAGGAGAAGCAGCCAGAGGAGGAAGAGGACAAUAUGGAACGUUCCUGUGACACCCUGCUGAUGUGCAUCGUCACGGUGAUGAACCAUGGCCUGCGGAAUGGGGGCGGGGUCGGAGACGUGCUGCGCAAACCCUCCAAAAACGAGUCGCUGUUCUCAGCGCGUGUGGUCUACGACCUGCUCUUCUACUUCACCGUAAUCAUCAUUGUUCUCAACCUCAUCUUCGGGGUGAUCAUUGACACCUUCGCUGACCUGCGCAGUGAGAAACAGAAGAAGGAGGAGAUCCUCAAAACGACCUGCUUCAUCUGCGGUUUGGAGAGGGACAAGUUUGAUAAUAAGACGGUAUCCUUUGAGGAACAUAUAAAGGUGGAGCACAACAUCUGGAACUACCUGUACUUCAUCGUGCUGGUGAGAGAGAAGAACAAGACGGACUACACCGGCCCUGAGAGCUACGUGGCCCUGAUGAUCAAGAGCAAGAACCUGGACUGGUUCCCACGCAUGCAGGCCAUGUCUCUGGUGGUGACGGACAGCGACGGCGAGCAGAACGAGAUGAGGAACCUGCAGGACAGACUGGGCUCCACCAUGAAGCUGGUCACUCACCUGACAUCCCAGCUGGGUGAACUCAAGGAGCAGAUGACAGAGCAGAGGAAGAGGAGGCAGAGGAUGGGCUUUGUGGAUGUGCAGGCGGGGACCAACUCUGUGCCCCCUACAGGGGCCGGGGGGGGCAAUCACCAAAUCAUCAAAGCUUAAAAUGUGCCAUGGCAUGAAAAUUGACCUUACUGGCACUGUAACACUGCUGCAAGGCUGCCGAAACGCUGGAGAGACAUUGCUCAUUAGCUCUGAGCUCUGUCUCAGGAACCUCAAGUGGACAGCUCCGGGGCAGAGGUUUUUCUGGUCUUUACAUUGUCUCGCUCAGCAAAUGCUCUGGAUUUUGGUCCAUCACUGCUUUCACCAAACAUUUCAAUAUAGAGAUGGAGCUGCAACCACGUCAUGGAACUGUGUGCACGUUGUUUAUAAUGUGCUACCUGACGCAGCUCCAAGUGCAGAGUAACUGAACACUGACCGUUCCUUAUGGAAACCGGAGUACUAAAGGGUUAGUAAGGACACAUGUUCAAGAUCUCUAUACGUUUGUUUUUUUUGCUAUUGAAUGUGACACCAUUCUGUUUGUAAAUGUGAGAUUGCCCUUUUCCUAUUGGAAUUGAUUCUUCCUAUGCUGAAAUGUAACACUGUUUUUCUGUAAAAGGAGAGUUUCACUAAUUUCAAGGCCCCCUAUGGUUUUUUCAUAACUUUCUGUGGUUUGUAUACUAUAAUACUGUUGCUCUAUUUGUGUUCUGUUGCCCAAGAGAUUAAAUUUGAGUUCAGUGGUGAAGCAACAGUUAAGAGUUGUAUGGUGCAUCAUUAUGUUGAUUGUUUUUAGGGUUCACUUUAAGCACACUUCCUGAGUGUAACACCCUGGCCUGAAGGCCCCAGCAUUCUGUUCUCUUCAUUAUUUUAACAACUGUGUGUGUGUGUGUGUGUGUGUGUGUGUGUGUGUGUGUGUGAGUAUGCAUGCGGGUGUGUGAGUGUGUUUUGAGUGAGUGUGGGUUAGUGAGUGAUAGAGAUAGACAGAUGGAAAAACACAGAGAGGGAUACAGGGAGAAAAUGUUGCCGUCUUGCCAAAUAAAAUGUUAAAGAAAUUCAAAA